CUUGCUACAGAGUAGAGUAGCCUACGCCACAUCAUUGGCCCAGGAAUUACAAGAUGUGACAGUUUUGCAGGGUAUUUGUAAGACCAUUAUGGAGGAGGCGCGGCUGACUCCAGUUGACCAUGAGCGGAGGGGUCAAUAUGAAGACGAUGCCGAGGGCCCAGGCUGGUUCUGGUAUCCCUCUCCCCCGUAGCAAGCUCCCCUCACCGAAGCCUGAGCCCAAGAACCCUGUCAGGGGCCUUCCUCGACCCGCCACCCAAAUCCCUGCCAGCGCUCGUGCCACCACAACCACCAGCUCCUCCAGCAGCAGCAGCAGCAGCAGCAGCUCCUCCUCCUCAAAGGACCUCUUGAGGGACACGACCUUGAGGAACCAGCAUCUGAUGCUCAGGAGGGGCUUGCCUGCUCCCCGUGUGUCCUCCAAGGCGCAGGUCAAGCCCCAGGGGGUACGCUCGGCGUUCAGCAGUCCCCAAGUGCGCCGGAAGGAGGCGCCGCGCUCCAAAGACACCCUGGACAUGUGCGGAGGAGCGGACAACCUCCAGUACUCGAGGUCAAAUGACAACCAGAACUUCCUCUGCGGCAACCUGAGACCCCAGCCCAGGAAGACAGACAAUAGUCCCAACCUGAACUCCCGUGACCUUCCCCGCGUCCUUGACGAGCGCAAAAACGGCUCGACAUCAAAUGGCAGCGACAUGACUUUUCCAUCUUACAGAUCGAACAAUGACAACCUCCGUCUCCCGUGA